AAUCAACACAUCAGUUGAGUGGAAAACGUGAGCGUGUUCGGAACGUAUUAUUAACUUAACUAGUGUCUCUAGCAAAAAAAAAAAAUCUUUUAAGAGUUCUAAAUUUAUAAAAUAUAUUAUUUUGUAAUAUUUCCGUCGGAAAAAUUGUUUGGCUGCCAUACUAAGCGAGAAACGUGAAAUUUAAAGGAAAAUACUGUGAGAUAAUUGAAAGCCGUUUAUAGGAAAACUUGUACAUCGCAAAAGAGAUAAAUUUCCAACGAGAUGGCGACAAGUCCAAAACCCGUCAAAAAGGUGCCCAUCCACCUGCAGAGUUCGCAGAACCGCGUCUACAUCAAGAACGGACAUAUUGUUAAUCAUGAUAAGUCAUUUAAGGCUGACAUUUACAUUGAAGAUGGCAUAAUUAAAUUUGUAGGGCCUGCAACUGACAUUAAUGUGCCUGGUGGCGUGCGUAUUGUGGAUGCUGCCAACAAAUUGGUGAUACCCGGUGGCAUUGAUCCACACACUCAUAUGCAGUUGAAAUUCGGUGGUUGCGUUGCUGUAGACGAUUUCUAUCAUGGCACCAAAGCGGCUGUCGCUGGCGGCACCACAACAAUUAUCGAUUUCGUGCUGCCCGAGAAGGGCGAGUCUCUCGUUGAAGCGUACGAUAAGUGGCGCGCUUGGGCUGAUCCCAAAGUUUGCUGUGAUUAUGCUUUCCAUGUGGGCAUCACUUGGUGGUCGAAAUCUGUAUCGGAAGAAAUGAAGAUAAUGUGCGAAGAGUUGGGUGUAAAUUCGUUUAAAAUGUUCAUGGCCUACAAGGGUCUAUAUCAAUUGAAUGAUUCGGAGCUGCUGGAGGCUUUCGAGCGCAUACGUUCGUUAAAUGCUGUAGCGCAGGUGCAUGCCGAGAAUGGUGAUAUUAUUGCUAAAAAUGUGCAGAAACUAUUGUCUGCUGGCGUAACUGGACCGGAGGGUCAUGAACUUUCGCGUCAGGAGGAGGUCGAGGCUGAGGCAGUGAAUCGCGCCUGCAUACUAGCACAUCAGGUCGAUUGUCCUUUGUACGUAGUGCAUGUAAUGAGUAAAUCGGCGGGUAUCGAGUUGGCACGCGCACGAAGACGUUACAAGAAUCGUGGCAUCUAUGGCGAAACUUUGGCGGCGGCUCUGGGUAGCGAUGGCACAAAUUAUUAUCACCAAUGUUUUCAACAUGCAGCGGCACAUGUGCUUAGUCCACCGUUGCGACCCGAUCCGACCACACCCGCCUUUAUGAUGAACCUGUUGGCGAACGACGAUCUGCAGACAACCGGCAGUGACAAUUGCACCUUCAACAAGGAACACAAGGAGCUGGGCAAAUCAGAUUUCACCAAGAUACCGAACGGUGUGAAUGGCGUUGAAGAUCGCAUGUCCAUCGUAUGGGAGAAGGGUGUGCAUGCCGGCUUGCUCGAUCCAUGCCGCUUUGUCGCCGUCACCAGUACCAAUGCCGCCAAAAUAUUUAAUUUGUUUCCGCAAAAGGGACGCAUUGCGGUCGGUUCCGAUGCUGAUAUUGUCAUUUGGAAUCCGAAUGCAACACGCACCAUCUCCAAAGAGACGCAUCAUCAUGCUUGCGAUUUUAACAUAUUCGAGGGUAUGGUAUGCCAUGGUGUGCCCGAAAUGGUAUUGGUACGUGGACGUAUUUGUGUUGAAGAUGGCACUGUACGCGUAGCUGAGGGUUAUGGACGUUUCGUUAAUACACCAACACGUCCACCAUAUCUCUAUGAUGUAUUGGAGGGUAAGGUGCAAGCCAAUGAAGAGCAUAAUGGUGAGGAGCAUGAUGAACACUUGAAUGGUGGCUUAAAGAAAUUGGACUUGGGCGCUUUGGAGAUCGAAAUACCAUACCAAGAGCCGAUUUCACGUACUUUAUUGUCCAUGCCGGGUGGCGGCGGUUCGGUAGCUAGUACACCAUCGGGUCGUGGACGUGUCGAGGGUACACGUAAUAUGCAAGAAUCAACGUUUUCCGUUAGCGAGGAGCUGGACAAAUCGGGCAAUCGUUCGUGUAUUCGUGUCAGAAAUCCACCAGGUGGUAAAUCCUCUGGUUUCUGGUAAAUCGACGCAACCGCACACACACACACACAUUCAUUCAUUCAUUCGCUCAGUCAUUACACAACAACAACAACAACAACAACAACAAAUCGCACAACACGAUCUUUACAUGCAACAGUACGUGCAUGAAGAUCUAUAUGAAAUGUCUGUAAGAUGUAAAAUGUAGUUGCACGGGCACUUAUGUAUGUAUGUAAGUGAGUACACUGGUCAACUGUCGAAAAAUCCAAAAUUAAAAAGAAGGAAAAGAAAAAACAAACGAAAAUCAAACGGAUGGAAGAACAAGCUACUAAACCAAAACUUUGUACUGCGAG